AGACGAGAGAGGACUGGAGGCUUGGAUGUUAAAUAACCACCAAACAAGGCAAUACAUGGUAGUCCUUCUUGGUUUGCUGUGCUCAAACCGCGUGUUUUCGAUAAAGACGCAGAUCUGGGGAGCUUGUUUUCAUAGUCCUGUGACUUUAACAAGAGCUGGACCACAGAGACACGACGUGAUAUUGACUUGAGUCCUAAACCUCUGUGAAAGAUGAGGAUGAAAGACAUGCUGACUACGUUGGGGGUCCUUGUGAUGCUGGAGAUUUCCCAGACAAUGGGUGCUAUAGUACUAACGGUGUCUCCCUACCCCGCCCGCAUCUAUCAGAACGCUCCUCCAGGCACCCCCGUCCUCAACGUCACCGGCUACGACGACGUAACAGGGGCAGCAAUGGAGAGGAUGUAUCUCUCACCCGGCGUCAAUUCCAGCUGCUUCAAAGUGGACGUCACGACGGGGAUACUGUCCGUCAACAAGACAGUCAGGUGGUCAGUUGGAACAGUUCUGACCUUCUUUGUGUAUGCAGGUCAAAGGAGCGAACUGGACUUUAAACACGUCAUGAUAAUCGUGUCGCUCAAGAACAGAUACGCUCCCACCUUCAGCAAAAAAUCGGAGGCCUUCAAAAUCUACAGGUAUGCUUCCGGUGAACGGAUAGGGUCAGUGAUGGCUAUUGAUCGAGACCCCGAGCUGUAUAAUCAGGUCUUCAAGUAUUCGAUCCCUGAUGAGCGGGCGGACACGUAUUUGAAGAUCUCAAGCAACGGGGACAUAACUCUGAAAUCGCCACCCCCUGACAGUAUACGAGAGUUAUCCUUCCCUGUUCUUGCAGCCGACGAGGGGUCACCUCGCCUGACCGGGACAUCUAUGAUUCAUAUUGCGCUCAAUAACGUCAAACAUCCCACGGUGUUCUGCUUUGCGACGGAAGUUUCCGACAUCACGCUAUGCUGGAAGAACCCCAUGGCCGGUCGACCGGAAGUUACGGGAUUUGAGGUGGAAGUGACUGGUUCGACGGAUACGACUUACGUGGUCCCGGCGUCGGAUGCAGAUGCGGAAAUGUGUGACGUAGUCUCAGACACGCAGAUCGGCAAACUCUACUUCUUCCGGGUCUCUGUCAAAACUACUUCCGGUUCCGGCGGCAUCAAUAAAAUGAAGGUCAUGAUCAACAACACUGGAAUAGGAUUUACUCCUCAGUGUCUCCAUAACGACUUCGAUGCCUGUAAGUACCUCAAACCAUGUCAAAAUAACGCGGCCUGCCGACGUCAGGACGAUGGAGCGUUGAACUACCAGUGUGAUUGUACGGAAGGCUGGCGGGGCAAGAACUGCACUCUCCAGGACAUGUGCGCUCAAGCCCCGUGCCAAAACAAAGGAAGCUGCAACUAUCUCGGUCAUCAACAGUUUUCUUGUUCUUGUGUCGACGACUUCUAUGGGAUCAGGUGCCAGUACUUCAAUGCAUGUAGUAUUCUUCCUUGUCAGAACAAUGGCGUUUGUUCCAUGGAUACAACCGGAAGAUACACCUGCGCAUGCCCAGACCACUUCACGGGUAAAAACUGUGAACUGAAAGACCCCUGCAAUCCAACACCCUGUACAAACGGGGGGACGUGUUCAAGAGUCUCCGAUGACGAGUUUUCCUGCGCGUGCACCACCGGUUACUAUGGACACACGUGCAGCGAGAUGAAUCUUUGUAUUUCACAACAACCUUGCAAAAAUAACGGAACGUGUGAACACUUGGGUGACGGCACAUACCGAUGUCACUGCACGGUCCGAUUCACGGGAUUACAGUGUUUGGAGUUCGACCCGUGCUCCCAGUCGCCAUGUCAGAACAGAGGUACAUGUGUACUAACGGACACCGGUACGUACAACUGCGAGUGCCAUCCUGGCUUUUACGGGGGUGAAUGUCAGCACUACGAUACCUGCCACCUCACCGACUGCGGAUCGUCAGGCACCUGCAAAGAAACGACUGAAGGUCCGAAAUGCAUGUGUGACCUUGGUUACUAUGGUGACACGUGCGAGUUUUAUAACACGUGCGAUGGCGAGAACCCGUGCGGGUUGAGAGGCACGUGCAGAAACAUAUCUAAUAGUGAUUAUGAAUGUGACUGUAUUGACGAGUGGUACGGCCUGCAGUGUCAAUAUCUCAACAGCUGCCGACUUGUGAAUUGUGAAAAUGGGGGAUAUUGUGAAAAUUUCGCUUUUCUAAAGAAAGGAAACUUUACCUGUAAAUGCCUGAACGGUUUCUAUGGAGACACGUGUUCGUUCUACAAUCCAUGCGUGUCUUCCCCUUGUCGUCAUGGUGAUUGCACGAACACAACGUCUCAUGAAUACACCUGCGACUGCAACGACGGAUACUACGGUAAAGACUGCGACAUUGAGAACCCUUGUAAGGAACGCACGUGUGAAAAUGGAGGAACUUGUCGGAACACAUCCGAUACGGAAUUCAUGUGUUUAUGUCAAUCAGGCUUCGUGGGUACCCACUGUAACCUGACAGACCCGUGUCAGACCCCGUGUGCCAACUUUGGAACGUGUACAGUAGAUCCUACUUCCUUUGCGAAGGUGUGUCAAUGCCCGGACAAGUACACCGGCGUCAACUGCGACACCGUCAUUCCGGACUGUGACAUCACACCUUGUCAACAUGGCGGCACAUGUGUUGGCAGCACAGGCGCAUGCGCGUGUUCGUCGGAUUACACAGGUUCCGUGUGUGAGACGCGCGUGACGGCCUGCACGGGCAAACCGUGCUCUGAUGACAGACGGUGCGUAGAGGUGGAUGACGGUUACACCUGCGUCUGCAGGAAUGGCGCCGACAACGACGACUGCAUAGAAGUCUGCCCCGAGGAGAUGACGUUUGACCGGACCGGACGCUACAACUGGCCGCUGACCAAGAGAGGUCUGAAGAUACACGUCCUGUGUGACGCCCAAGACAGCAUCAACCAGCCCAAAAUGGCCACCAGGCAGUGCCUCGCUCUGGCCAGCAACACGGCCAGAUGGUCUGAGGUCGACUCAUCCCAGUGCCCAGAGUAUGGAUUGCUGGCGGCUGGAGAGACGCUGAACGAGUUGAAGUCGCUGACCUCUAACCCCUCACAGAUUGGCGCUGACCAACUGGCUAAUUUUACAAAUAUCCUGGAGAAGGUGUUCAGCUACUCGCUUCGCAACGCAGAGAUCGCCGACAGCAUGACGUCAGUGGUGAGCAACCUCGCCGAGGUGAACGUCAGCGUCAGCAUCGAGUGUGACAACAAAAACAAGACAAGUCAAAGGUUGGUGCAGCUGUUGGAGACGUACAGCGCCUCCACCAACAACACAGAACCCAUCAUGUCCACCAACGUCAACAUCAGAGCCAUGGACCUCUCGCCGGACGACAACAACGUUGUGACCUUCCGACCUCAACUCCUUGACGGCAACCACACUGUGGAGAGUGGUCUGUCCAUCACCCUGCCACCAGAGGCGAUCAAAUCCGCCAGCAGCAUGGGACGCCUGCCUUUGAGGGUCCAGUUUAUCGGCUACCGCAAGUCAAUGUUUUUUAUCCCCUCCGACCGAUUCCCAGAAGGACUGGAUGACCAGCGUGUCGUCACGACUAUCGUGAAGGGUGUAGUGGUCAAGAACCUGUCCACCCCAAUAAUCUACAAAAUGCGUAAUAUCGAGGCUGGCAGAAAUCACUCCUGUGUUUACUGGGACCCAGAAAAUAGGACGUGGUCGUACGACGGCGUGACGACGUUAAUGCUCGACGACAACACCACCGAGUGUCACACAAACCAUCUCACCAGCUUUGCCAUACUCAUGGACCCGAACCCCGCCCACCCGUCGCCCGUUAUACACGAACAGAUCCUGACCUACAUCUCCUACGUCGGCUGCGCCAUCUCCCUCAUCGGCCUCAUCCUCACCAUCCUCACAUACGGGCUCUUCAGAUGUAUGAACAAAGACAAGUCGGGGAAGAUUCUGCUGAAUCUCUGCGCGUCCAUGCUGCUGAUGAACGUCGCCUUCCUCAUGGGCGCCCAGAGCUCCACCACCUACGGCGAGCAGCUGUGCAUGGGCGUCGCAGUGUUACUGCACUACUUCCUGCUCACGACGUUGAUGUGGAUGCUGGUUGAGGCGGUGGAGAUGUACCAAGCCCUCGUCACCGUGUUUGCCAAAUAUGCUAGGUUCUACAUGAUCAAGCGAUGCGUUGUUGCAUGGGGUGUCCCCGUGGUGAUAGUUGUGAUCACGCUCUCAGUGGACCUCAAUAAUUACCGACCCGCAUAUGACUUCUGUUUCAUCUCCCAGGCCAACAAGGUGGCCUACUACGUCUCCCUCGUCGGCCCCGGCUGCCUCAUCGUCCUCGUCAACACCAUCGUCUUCAUCAUGGUGGCCAGGGUCAUCCUCAAGCCUCGUUUUCAACAACAGCAGCGCGAGGACAAGGAACACGUGACCCCCGCCCAGGUGCGCGGAGCCUUCACAGUCAUGAUUCUCCUUGGUGUCACGUGGGUGUUUGGACCAAUUGCAGUCAACGAAGCCAGGGUCGUCUUCAACUAUCUGUUCUGCAUCCUCAACUCACUGCAAGGAUUCUUCAUCUUCGUAUUCCGGUGCCUCUACAACCCAGAGGCGCGACUCGCCUGGAUCCAGCUGAUAAAGACGGGUACCCUCAAAACCAGGAGAGGUCCAAUCAAGUCUGUCUACUCCGAGACCUCGUCGAAAGGAGAUCACUCCAAAUCCAGAACUAACGUCCAUUUCGGUGGCACUCUCAAAUCCAAUGUGAUGCAAUCCAAUGGCUGGCACCACCCGAAGCUGAACGGGCUGCAAUCCGAAAACGGUUCUGUGCGAAAUGACAACCAGUACUUCGGCGACGAUAAAAAUUCUGAGGACCAAGUUUUUCACACAAAAGAUUACGUGUAUUUAGACAAUAACACCCCUCCCACUCGGACCAGCGACAUGUGUGAAGACGGCUUCACCCACUUGUAGAACCAGUUGAAGCGUCUUCACCCACUUGUAGAACCAGUUGAAGCGUCUUCAUAGGAACCGUUUCAAACUCUCAACAUCAUUUUGAACUGAAGGAGGAUAAGUCGUUGACUAAUCGUACAAUGAGCGGAUUCCUUGACGCUGUGAGGAGUCGAGUAUUGUGUAUAUUAUGCCACGGCAAUGAAUGGUGCAAUGUAUCUGAGCUGUGAACUUUGGACUUGAAGUCACAUACAAGGGGAGGUAACUCUCUCAGAUACCAUUCAACGGGAAGCACAUGUUCCACGUCACAGGAACCGAGUGAUGUGCUUGUCUGUACAUAUUCCGACGCUGUUAAUGUAUUUCAUUGUGUCACGUUGUUCUGUGUGUGUACAUUGUAUUGUUUGAGACAAUCACGUCAUGGGAAACUUAAAAUGAGCAUUGAAUGUCCUUCACAUUGAAUUUCUAACCUUCAUCAACGACCUAAUACACAUUUGAAUAAUUACACCAUUUGUUAUGUAAAUUAUGUACAUAAAAAGACUUAUGUCAUUGAUCAUAAAUGUGCUUGUCCAAUGUAUUUUACAGACGAUAUACUAAAAUACAGAUUGAACACAUAAAAAACUUAAAGAUAGUCCCUUAUUGAUAACUUAUCUUUAAUAUUGUGAUUUACGCGAAAUAUUUACAAUUGUGCUUUAGAUAACUUUGUCAAUAUUGAAAUUAUAAAAAAAAACAUUCGAAGGUGUAAUAAUGAGGAUUGACAUAUUCAUUUUAAUUUUGGAAAAAUAAGUCCUAUCCUUUUCUACCACACCCUUUACAGUGAAACCUCUCUAGUCUGGACACUGUUAAUCCGGGCCGGCGACUACGGCGGGGAACGUCGAUAUAUGACCAAAGGACUUCCCCCGUACCCAUGAUUCCUUAAUCCGGUCAUUGUUUUCACUACUUAAUGUGCAGUCCGGAUUAAUGAGGUUUCACUUUAUACAUACUAUUGACCGGAAAACAUGAUAUUAACCUAACCUUGCCUCUUGGUUGUCGUCAUAUUUUUGCAAUCAUGCGUUGUUGAACAACACUGCCAUUACAUAUAUACUGGUAUCCCAAGCCUAUCCAUCUAUUUCUGUUCUAUAUUCCCAUUUAUAUUUUCUGGAUUUAUUUCUUAACAUUCUCAGACAACUGCUGCCAGUGUUUCAUCCAUUACCAUAACACACGGCACAAUCUUCAUCCCUUGCUAUCGGUUAAUGUGAAUAUGAGCAAUGCUGAACGCUCCAACUCGACUUCGCACUGUUCCUCAUCCUCAUCCUCAUCACAUCUAGUAUUACUGCUGGAGAAACUCAUGCCAAACAUUGAUGAAAUCCUUGUCGGGUCAUAACAUAGGAUUUGUACAGAGAUGCCAUUUUAUAAGAAUGCAUAAUUUAUUUAUCCUUUGUUGAAAUAAAUGUUUACUUCUCAAA